AUUAACACGAUUUGUUUUCUUUAUCUUAAUUUUAUUUAUUUAUUUAUUAAGUUUCCUGCUUGAAUGGAUGCAUGUGGUUCAGUUAGUGGUAAUGUACCGCCUUACAAAACAUUCCAUCUUGUAAUCAGAUUCGUUACAGUUUUGAUCAUGUCACAGUCGCUGUUGAUAUGAUCUGUAGGUGGGAGGUCAACGGGGGGAAAACUGUGUGAAUAAGCUUGCCAGAGGGAAGGAAUGUCACGCGUUAUGCACAGUCAGCAUAUUAAUUUAUCGCCAACAUCGCUCUUUAUGGAUCGUUUGGCAGUGUCGUUUGUCUUGUCGUAUGACUGGUUUGGCUGCAUGUGACAAUAUCUUAAAUUCCAAAUCGAAUUCGCCCUAUUGCAUUUCUAGUUGAUCAUUUAAAAUCCGAUCUAGCGUGCAUGUGUGUGGCGCGUAUCUUUGUCAAAAAUUGAAAGCCUACCAUAAUGUGGAUCUGCUUCCGACUUAACUGAUAAGUGGUAAAGUUUAGUGUUGAUGAACUUUUCUGUACUUUGUUAGCAUUUUAUCAUUGUGAUCAGGUUUUGAUCUUAAAUUGAAAUUAAGGAUGUAUUUUAAUAUUUGUUUCUAAUAUUUAUGUAGACUUUUCUCUCGAUUUAAAGAAUAUUUGUUUGAACUACAAAAGAAUGUGAAUGUGAAAAAUGAUGGUAGGAGACUAGAAUUAUUUACACUCAACAAGGUAUGAAUGUUAGCCUCCCUUUAACUGAUCAGACAAUUUCCUCCCACUAUUCGGUCUUUACAACUCUUUAGUUUAUUCGUUGAAGAGGUGGGUGAGUUGAGUGUGAAGAAAACAGUACGUUUGUAGUUGUGUGUUUACAUUUUUAUUCUCUUAUAACAAAAAAAAAAAAAAAAAGAGAACAUUUUAAAAGAUUAAUGUUUCACCAUGAAGUCUUGAUAUUUUCUGUCAGGAGUUCCUCGCAGAUCCCAUCCUACUGUACUGAUGUGGGCUCUGCUCACUAACACAGAAAAAAACCGUUCCAGACAUUUGAGACAAAAGAAAACUGCUUUUUAUUUUGUACGAGGAAAGUAAGAUAACGUAUGUGCAGAGUAUGGUCUCCAUCCUUAGGCUGGAAACGAGGAUAAGUCUUUCCCUUUGGGCAAUGUGGGAAACUCAAGGACACGUGUCUUGUUCUAAAGAUGUGUCCAGACACCGAAGAUGAUGCUUUAUCCCCGUAACCGCAGUUAUAGAGCGGGGAAAAUGGUGUCCUGCCAUUUGUGUCGCGUGUUCCAUUGCACACUUUUGAAGAACCUUCCGACGAUAGGUAGCUAUAACUUUGCCGUACUAACAUAUAACAACAGUUUUACUAUUACUUCUCCACUCGUGAUGUUGUCGUACUGUAUAAAGAAACUACUAAAGUUGUCAUUGUUGUAUUAGUUAUGGACUUCAAAUUUUGAGUGUUCCAUUUUUGGAGCACCAUGCAGAUCCUCUACUUGUAGGACUAAUAGUAUAUUUUUUCCUUUCCAGUUGAAGAUCUCUCUGAAAACUCCUCGAGCCAUGAACUGACCUGCUAGCGACUGAUGACACCACUGAAGCAAGUGCUACAGUGAUACAACCACCCGAAAUGCUACAUCACCUGGUUCUGACGAGAAACGUUAGUGUGGUUUGGUUAUAUGACCCGGUACGACACUUUGUAAGACCAUCUCAUGGUGCUAUGGACAGUGGUUGAUCUUUUCUGACGACCUUGGACUGGCAUACCUGGUCGUCAGCCGGUACUAUUCACGGGAUGAUUCAAUAAAUAAAUGAAAUGUAAAAGAUACUAACGUAUAGUAUUUUCCAGUAUAUAUUAGACAUAAACAUAACAUCCGAGUUUCUUGCUCCGAGUUUCUUUACCUCAUACGUUCAUUUAAAGUGAAAAAAGAAAGGUUGUAUCUAAAGGUAAGAGAAAGAAGGAAAUGGCAAUCAAUUUAUGUAGUUCAGCCAAUCCAGUCUGUCUCUUUAUAAGCAUUAGUCGAAACAAGCGCCUGUGUCCUUAUAUUGGAUGUGUGAUGUAAAGUAUGUGAAAACUCAAUGAUCAACUUUACUCCUACACGUAGGUCUUGUCCGUGAUUAGUACAGUAAUGGCAAUUUUAAUUCCACUGCAGUGUUUUAACAAGGUGUUUUUUCAUCGAGGACUGUUUACUUUCAUAACACCCAUUGUUGGAAAUUUCCAGGAAUCAAAUGAUCGUCUAUCACUGACUUAUCUGCGUGGCCUAAAGUAAGAACACAGAGGAAAUCUCUCACUGACACAAUCCGCUAUCACAAGCUUUGUAAAUAAUGCAGGUUACGGAUUACUAGGAACGACUUAUCUGUUGACACCUCGACUGACAGGAAAGAUUGGGGGAUAAUUAAUGUCUGUCAUAUUCCAGCAGACAAAGGGCUACAUACCUUCUCACAUCUAUAUGAUUUCUUGUAGCAGCGUAAAAAUGGAUGUAAUAUUAAUGUAAAAUAAUGUCAAAAUUCUGGAAGUUCGUAAUCACUUGAAUACCAUGAAGAGGAAAAAGAGGGCAAAAUACUUAUACUAGAAAAAUACUUUAUACACGAAUAUUUAAACUAACCAAAAACGAAUAAAUAAAAUGCUAAAGACAAUGGGGGAAAAGAGAGAAAGACACACACUGAAAAGAAAAAUAAAUUCGAGAUGUCUUAUUAAUGAAGUCUGCAGUGGUGAGUCAAGCGAGUUGAGCAAGUACUAAAGAAUUGUUUCUACCUGUGUACAGAAAGGUGGGAGAUACAGGCACGCUGUUCUUCCUCAUACCACCUCCUGUCGUUUACGAGAAAGUCACGUGAGGUGUUAUCAUCGUUGAAACCAUUUACCGUUAUCUUCGGUCUGCACACUUCUCUCUCUGAGGACAUGGGUGUAAGCUGUGACUUGUAAGCAUCACUAACAUCAAGGGGUGCAGCUCUUGAUCAACCCAGAUGUCUGGAGUUUCUGGGUCUAAGAACUGAGGACAAUUCAGAACCAUGUCUAGAACUGGCAAAGUUUCACCCUCGUCCAUGGAACAAAAUGGAACACCUCGAGUCUGCUGUGGCUACAUCAGAGAACGAACACAGGCCAGAAACGGACAGCAAGCCAAUGAAGAAGACAAGAAACAAACCCUAACUACAGUAGUUUUUCGUCUUCCAAAAUCUGCCUCAGCUGCGAAGGCUCAUCCCACUGCGGCAGUUACUUGGCAGUCUGUUCCAAAUUCACUGUGCGGCGAUUGCAAGCAGGAAACUAACCCAGAGAAUAGCUCUACAGCUGAGGAAGUUCUGGAUCUGGAAUCACUACAAGUCUGGAAGGAACAAUCUACAGAAAACAAAGCCGAGACAAGCGAUAAACAGGACAAACAGACAAAAGUAGGCUCGAAGAAGGGUCCAUCUAAACGUAGCCAGGAGAGUAGAGGAACCGCAGCACAGCAGGAUACAACAGGACAUAGCAGGAUACAGCAGGAUACAAAGGCAAAAGACGGCGGUGGACAAGGGACUCAAUUGAAGGACGACAAGCCCUCACCAGAACAAGCGACAACAGAUAAAAGUCACGGAAAAUUCGAGACACAUGAAAAGAAUGGAAGCAGCAAGCAGCCAGGCUGCAUCAGAUGUCUGCUGACAGAGUCACCAACAUCACAGACGUCCACCACACCUACAUCCAGGGGGCGUAAACAGCCCUUACUCAUCUUGUAUUUACUGGGAGAGGCAAAAAAUUUUUGCGAUGGAAACAGACGAAGAAGAAAAGCAUUUGAACGAAACUUCAUGAGCUGCCUACUGGAUACCAACACCUGGAUAUUCGCAAACAGCGGCUUCAAAGACUAUCUCGUCUCUGUCAGAGAGAAAAACUCCUUCAGGGACGACAAGAAUGUCUUCUUUUUCUACACUGACCCCGCAAAAGGAAACAAUGAGACCUUAUUUUCCGAACUACGUCAAUUUUCUAAGAAAAAAGAAGCUGAGUUAGUUUUCGUAUUUCUAAAUGGAGAGAGGGAGACUUUUGAGGCUACUGUACCAGUGGCCCUGGAGAGGUCGAUACCUGUAAUAGUGAUAAAGGGAUCCGGAAAUUUUGCUGAUAUAGUGUCGCAGAAAAAACAAAGCAAAAAGCAACAGGACACCAGAGUAGACACCAGAGGAAAAAACCAAAAAGCGCAGAGUAACAUGAAGGAUAUCAGUCUGAAACAUGAUAAAAAACAAUCCAGGGCUAAAAAGCAGCAUGAAAGAAUAUCAGUCCCUGACACGCCAACACUAAAAGUCAUAACUAAAAGUCAGUCGCCAACAACCAAAGUCAACAAAGAGAAUGAAAGAAUGGACAGGAUUACAGCAGAUGAGAAUUUGACAGUAUUUGACUUAGUCAACAACCUUGGCAGCAAGAGUGCUCUUCGCUUGUGCAUUCUCGAAGCCAUCAUCAAAAAGGACGACAACAGUAAACAUGCAGGAGAACAAAAUAUGAAUGAUAAGCAUCUGAAGCUGGCUUUUGCCUGUGAAUCCACCGAGAAGGCCGAAGAAAUGAAAGGAAGUCAAUUAGAGGAAGCCACACUUACACGCUUGAUGAAGGAAGCGUUGCAAGGAGGUAAGGAUCAGUUCGUUUCGAUUUUCCUGGACUGUGGAGUUGAAUUAAAAACGUUUCUGAACCGUGAAACCCUUGACGUCCUGUGCAAGGAGAAAACAACAGAGUUGUACCAAGAAUUAUCGAAGAAAAACGGAGCCGAAGUAAUGCUAGAAGAUAUUCUCCAACAUUUAUUGGACGAUAUUUGCAUGAAGAUGCGAACUGAGGAUCAGAAGUACAAGAUGGCGCCUGGCAAAGUAAAGCAAACUUCGUCUAAAGAAUCUACACCAAGAGUCAAGGACCCGGAGCUGGCCCUCUUCUUGUGGGCAUUGCUAAGCGGAAAAUUUGGCUUGGCUCAAUUUUUGUGGAGAGAAGUGCAGGACCACGUGACCUCUGCAUUAGUCGCGUGCAUUUUGCUCAGAGCCAUGCGCAGCAGGACGAUGAAUAACACGAAAUUUGAGGACGAGCAGCAAGAGAUUCUGGAGAAUAUCGAAAUCUUUGAAGGCCUGGCAAUAAAAGCGCUGAAUAACUGCUACAGACAAGACGAGAUCAAGACUUUUACACUUUUAUCAAGAAUACAACAGACAGGUUAUUGGAGAAAUGUCACCUGCCUGGAGAUCGCUGAGCGAGCUCGGUGCAGAAAGUUCAUCGCACAAGAACCUUGUCAGACCUUUGCUGACCGCAUCUGGAGAGGCCUUGAUCCCUUUUCAAAAGCAUCAGAGUUGCAGGUAGAUCAUCGUGUGAUCUUUACCCGAAUUUUCUACGCAAUCUGCGCCAUUUUCGUUGUCGUCCCAAAGGUCUUCAUGGAAUUUUCUAAAAACAAGAGAGGACCGUCACAGCUGUUGUAUGCCUUUCGGCAUUUUUGUUUCAACUGGCCACGUCACUGGGAAGAUCCUUCCUUCAAGUUCUACUCAGGCUGGUUUUUCUUCAUUGGAUUUUUAAUCCUCUAUGCUUACGUAAUGAUGGUGCGAAUACCUCCAGAAGAUGUCCAGAUUCCCGAGCUUGCUCUCCUAGUCUGGUUCAUCACUCUCUACAUCGAGGAACUCCGCGUGUGCUGGAUGCUGUCCAAAUCGAAACGCAAGGAGAAGAGAGUCUUUGUUCUGUCUCAACUCGGGUUUCUAAAUGUCACCAACUUUUACUUGGCGAUGAUUGGAAUCGUCCUGUGGAUCAUCGACUCCAAAUUACUUGCCCUUCAUUUCGUCAUUUGCCUCAACUUUAUCUCGUUUGUCUUUCGUCUCUUCUACUACUUGGCCAUCAACUCUCAGCUAGGCCCCAAGGUCUUCAUGAUUUAUCAAAUGAUCAAGGAGAUAAUUAUCUUUUCCGUCAUUCUGAUGAUAAUCUUCAUUGCAUACGGCGUGGUCAAAUACUCCCUCGAGAACAGAGGUCAUGGAGUAGUCAAUUCAGCAGUAGUGCUUUCACUUCCUGUGGAAGCUUUCUGGCUCAUGCUGGCAGACCGACCUGACGACAAAGAUGACAGUAACCAGGAUCCCGUAGUAGUUUUUCGAGGACUGUUGAGAGUUGUCUACCUCAUGUUCACUGGCGUGUUGCUGGUUAACCUCCUCAUUGCUGCCUUCAGCUACUUGUUUGAAGUUAUCCACAGCCAGAAGGAGGACGUGAGAAAGUACCAGAAGUAUCAGAUGAUCGUCCAGUUUUACCUCGGAAGCCCUUUCCCACCUCCUCUCAGUCUAUUCUAUUAUAUAAUUACUUACUUAUAUCGCUUCAUUCACUGCUCCUAUCGUACACAUGAUGACAAGAGCUACAAAGAGAAUAAAUUUCGAAAGUCUCUUAAUGAAAAGGAGACGAGAAGUCUUCUGAACUGGGCCAGAGUGACUACAGAGUCUUACAACGACGACAAACCUAAAACUAUUGAAGAACGCGUUGAAGAAACCAUGAAGAAGAACUUUGAGUUGCAUGAUGACAACAAUGACGACAGCCUCAAGAAGCUCGUAGAUGCAGCUCAAGGCCUGAUAGAUGAGUCACACAAACUACACGAAUCUCUCCAGUGUAGUACUGAUGCCCUGCGUGAUGCACUAGAAGAACUAGCAGGCAUGCGGACGAUCUGUAAGCCCUGUGUCAUCUACAAGCGCUGUGUGGUGUGCGGCAAGCUUCCCAGAUACCCCGGGGCUCUGUCUUGGAGACUUCAGAGCCCUCCAACACACACCAAGCUCCUCCGACGGCAAAGAUUAAUGUCAAUAUAGCAUCCUUGCUCUGCUUCAUGAACGUUACGAAACUGAGUAUUACAGUCAAAUUUGUUUCCGAAUACAAAAUACUAUUGCUGUUUAGCUUCUUUCCAAUAAAUGUCAUAGGAAUAUCAUUUUGUCACAGGGAAGAAAAAUUAAUUCGCUGGUUCACUAUCCAAGGUUGGACAAUUUACCCAGCGGAUAAACAUCCAAGAUAUCCUUAAACAGGAGCCCAAUAUAAUGCUGGUUACACUCAUCAUAUUUCCUUGCCUUUGAGAUUUAGUUUUAAGUUGGACUGGUUGCAACUGAUUUUACAAAAAUUGUUUGCAUAUUAUUACAAGUAAUUGAAACUGCUGAGUUUCUCUAUCAAAAACGUUUGCCUCUUUUCAAAAUACAAACAUAAUUGGUUAUGACUGUUGACUUUUAGUAGCUAUAACAACAUAAUUUUGUUUAUAAUUCGAUGUGACAGUAUUAACACUAAACCAUAGUUGUGUUGCGUUUAUGUAUUUUUUCAAAACUUGUUUUGUUGCUUGAUUUAUUACAUUUUCCUUCCUUUCUUAAUUUCUUUAAUUUAUACAUGCAUGUACAUUUAUAAAGAAAGGUAUGACCUUUACAGUGUAAUUAUUGUUUUGUAUGUCAUAAACAAUGUUGAAGUAGGUUUUGAAUUCUACACCAUUGCUCAGUCUCUACAUUGUAUUUUGCUAUGUUUCUUUGUUGUUUUCAUAAGAAUGCAUAUUGGAGCAAAAUAUUAGUUAUCAAUAAAUUAAUGUUUAUUUUAUAUAUAUUUAAAUGGUUGCCUAAAUGUAAAAGGUAACUUAUGCAGUACUAGCCAAAAAAAAUUGCAUUCUUUGUAAUGAUCUGAUACUUCUGUAACUGUUGUUGCAACUAAUGCGUGUUGCUGGAAAGAACAAAGUGGUCACCAUUUCGGCCGUUGUGGGAGGGAUAGGGGAGAUAGUAGAAGGGCAGGCCCAUGCAAAAAGUUUUAUAAUUGCCUAGCUUUACUGUGAAGUCCUUACAGUUCCAGACCCACAUUUUUAUGAGACUACGGAAAUAAAGGCUAUUGCUAGCAGAUCAUGCACAGGACCAUCAGUCAACUCCUUCCCUUUAGUAAGCCAGUUCUUCCUCUGGAUACCGACCUCCCACCGAGAUAUCUUAUAGGAUAGUCUUCAACAGAGUGCCGUGCCAGGUCACAAGGCAAAACAAGACAGCUUACUCUGCCUAGUUGUUAUUUUUUUAUAGGAUUUUUAUUUUAGCUGUAAGAAAUCCGGAGUAGCCUCUUCAGACAUUUGUUCUUGAUUGCAGGGAUUCUCCCCUUUUUAUGUGCAGGCAGAGUCAAUCUUUCUCAUUCGUAAGAUAGUAUUCGUACUAUAAAGUUCUUGAACAGAUAGUAUUUGUAGUAAACCGGAUGUUUAUGCUGCAUCAGAUUAUGUCCAGCUUCGUCGCUGUUUCUGUCGUGAUUCUGAUGAGGAUAUUUGUCAUGGAGUUGCCAUCUUUGAAGAUGGAGGGUCCCAGGGUUGUAAGCUGUUGACCUCUCCCUGCUCUACUCUCUUCGUGACCUUUGAUAUCAAAGUGACUGGCGCUGUUCUAAUUAUGCCUCGGCACAAUUAUAAUGACACAUAUAGGAAAUAACAGAACAUGCUUUAUCUUAUUUUGUUUAUGUGAGCAGCUAUUUACAUAUUCUCCAGAAACAUUCUCACACUCCUCGAAUAUAGUUCAUACGCUAGCAUUAGUAACGAUGUUUCAAAUGUCACAGACCAAUGGAAGCACAAAAGGUUACAGUAUACAGGUUUCUGAGCAGAGUAUUUGCCACUGUGUGUUCAAACCCACUCUUAGAACAUCUACAAUUAUUUUACACUUGUUUUACAUUCAACACCAUGACUUCUGCUCUUUUGUGCUGCGGUGGUAACACUGCAACAAAGCAGGACAGCAACAAACUGAACAAGAUCGUGAAAAGAAGCAGAGGUGGUUGGACAGAAAAAUGUAGAGUCAAUGUACAAACAAACAAACAAACAAACAAACAAACAAACAAACAAACAAACAAACAAACAAACAAACAAACAAACGGUCACUUCAUUUUCAUCACACAUACUCAAAUGUACAUCAUCAGUGUAGAUCGUGACUGACUGACAGCUCAUGUUCAGCUCGGAGUUUUGAGUUAAGGGAGAGAUAAUACUGUGGUGUUGCCAACGACACAUUAGAUUCCCCAUUAGCUUCUUCACUCUCUCUCUCUCUGCUACUUUGUCUCUCGCUUUCUCCCUCAUUUCUAUCUUCCUUAUGU